AUGGCGUUGGUCUCCGCAUACUGCCUGAUGGGCUUCUUGGCUGGGGUUCUGCUUGGUGCUUUGCCAUCAUUGCCUUCGAAUGGAAGCAGCUGGAGCAAGAAGGUAGUGAAAGUCCGUGGCCGCUGGUGUUGCCAGAUGAAGAUGCGGCAGCAACCGAAAGGCGUGCCUGACAUCCUCUGGCUCAUGGGCAAGCCGGCCGAAGGUGAGCGUGGAUUGGUGUUGAAGAAGGAGUGGCUGCUUCGGAUUUUGAAUGGUGAGAAAUGCGUCGAGUUGCGAGGGCAGGCAGCCAAGCUUGGGCACGUGUGGUUAGUGCAAGGCAACCGAGUGUAUGGCAAGGCCACCAUUGUGAAGAGUCAACCAAUCGACUUGGCAGAGUUCGUGGCAUUGCGUGGUGAGCACAAGUUAGAGACGGAGACACUUCCAUACAAAAACACGUUUGCCUUGUGGCUCACCAACGUGCAAGAGUUGUUAGAGCCGGUGGUGUUCCGCAAGAAGUGGGGGUGCAUAGGGUGGACUCGUAUCUGGUAUAGUGCCCAAGGGCGGCGAGGCAGUGCAGGACCGCGGUCGAGGUGCCGGGUGAAAGCGACCGUCAAGAAGAAAGGAAGCAGUAGAAGAUCAACGGCAGGCCGCCGAAAGCAGCCGAAAGAUCAUGUGUUGCUUGCUUGCUGUGGCAAACAAAUGCCGCCCGGGAGUUUCAUCAAGCGGAUGCCGAAGUCAUGCGCAUGUGGCAGCCACUUCUGCAAACAAUGGGCUUCGCUGGUGGAGCGCAAGAAAGUGGAAGGCAUCAGGCCUGGCUUGUUUGCAGUGGAGGUGAAGCGGCAGCAGGAGCACAGGUGCUGCGUUGAAACGUGUACCCUGCACGACAUCGUGGCAAAGACUGGCCAGAAAGAAGCAUGGAAUUUGAUCCUUGCAGACAAUGAGCAGUUUGAGCGCGCAACCGCCAACGAUCUCAUCGCAAAAACCUUUGCCAAUGAGUGGUUGGCUGAAGGGUUGCGAUGUGAGGCUUGUGGGGCCCGGAAGGAAGUCUUGCAGUGCUCCGCGCCAGUGUCUAGCCCCGAAUUGCUAGUGGUGCAAUUUCCCCGCAACAGUUCUGUGGACUGCGUCACAAUGCGCCAGCAGCGCAAUGAGCACCCCAUUGAGUGCCUUGGAUCCGUGGAGGUCCACGGGUCAUCGUAUGACUUUGUGGCUUUAGUUGAACACCUUCCGAGCACGGAAAACAAAAGGGAGAAGAGAGGAAGGAAAGGUAACGUGGAUCGGGGGCAUUUUGUUGCUUGGUGCAAGGAAAGAGAGCGCUGGUUGCGGUGCGAUGAUGCUGUGGUGACGCUGUGCAGAAGCCUCCCAGACAGUGUGGAGAAGGGUGUCGUGCUGGCACUGUACGAGAAAACCUGCGCGGCUGCGCGAGGGCAUGGUACUGCUAAGAUUGGAGUGGAGCAGGCUGGACACUUGCCAGAACAAAAAGAUGCAGAGCCUGCUGCGCCCUUGAAAGCUGCAGCGCCAAAGGUGCGGGAGGAAGAGCUCCCUGUGAAAGCUUCGCCGUCCUUCGCCCGUGAAGGACGCGUGCAGCUGUUGCCGUUCGCCGAUGGCGUGGAUGGCACUUUGCAGUUUGAAAUGGAUGUGGCAGCGUGCUUGCGGCGCUUCGAAACCGGUGAGGAUGUGGAGGCUUUCCUCGCCGGGUUGCCGCACUACAGUGCAGAGAUUGUGGGAACUUCCCUGGCGGAAGUGCAGGCCCAAUUGCGUCCGCUCAUUUGUGGUUUUGAAAGUGAUGAGCUGGGCGGCAGGCAAGCAGUGGAGCUGCAAUACCCUUUGUGGCGGACAGCGUUCUACCCACUGCUUGUUCUUACAGAGGCAUGGAGCCGGAGCACCGGCAUGCCUACAGUGUUUUACUACGAUGUUUUCUGUUCACUUCUGAUGGGCUUGCUCCACAAGGACAUCUCUGUUGACGUGGCUGGGUACCCGUGCCGCAGUCGAUACUGGGUCAUUGGCACGGCCCGUCCAGGCAGUGGGAAAAGCCCGGCUGUGGACCCCAUGGUUGAGUGUCUCAGAAGUGUGCUGGAGCAAAAUCCUCACUUGGCUGCAGGGUGUGGCUGGGACAAAUUCCAUUUGCUUGGGCCAGGAACCCAUUGCGCGGCCGUUGACAAGCUGAAGGCCACAGACGGUUAUGCCACGCUCAUAACUGGAGAAGGUGGGCCGCUGCUUUGCCCUGCAUUUCCACAAAAUGGCACAUGGAACCAGACUACGCACAUCAACUUUGCGCGCUUCCUCGACAGCGCUGCAGGAGGAGAGGUGCCGUGGGAAACGGCGUUUGACCGAAAAGCCAAGAAAGAAUCGGCAGAAGAGAGAGUGGUUCCGGUCAAAGGUGUUCCGACACAAAGAACCAACGUGACCAUUGCGCUGCUGCAGCAGCUGUCCGUGUGGCAGAAUUGGUGGGUCGCCGGCGAAGCACGGUUCAAAAUUGGUUUGGUGCAACGGUGCAUGUUCUCGUUCGGUGCUUUGCGUGAUCCAGGCCCACCUAGCCUGCAAGGCUUCGAGAAGAAGGUUGUCAUGCCCAUUUUGCGCCGUAUCUUUGAAGCCGUCCUGAAAUCAGUGGGCGGCAAGGCUCCUCUGGCGAUGGAUGCUCCCGCGCGAGAAUGGAAGCUGGCGCUGCCAUUGAAAGAAGCAUUCUUCCAGUACAGGCUCGCAUGUAACGAUGUGACCAGGAAGACCUUCUUUGGUGAGACUAUGGCUGCGGGCUUGCACAAGGCCCCUUACUGGGUGAGCACGGUUGCGCUUUUUGGCGCAUUGAUGGAGGGCCUUUGGCCGAUUGGCUGCAGGAGCUCUGCGAGCUUGCCUACUUGGAGUGGGCAAUUGACCGCGGAGAGCUUCAAGAUGGCAACCUUAUGCUUCCAGGAACGCAUCUUGUACGGUCUUGCUAUCUUGGAGGUGGACAUGCGUCGACAAGCUCGAUUAGCACGGCUACCGCCCAAGAGGCCAAUGUCCGAGGCUGUGGAGGCCAUGGCGGAGCUACUCAGAGCCUUGGUGGGUUCGGGCUGGUGUGCCGAAUGGACGCGUCGCUGUGGGGCACAUUUUCGCGCGUUGCCUUCGCCCAUGUGGAAAGAGGCAGCCUAUCAAGAAGUCAUGGGGUUAUUGGUUGAACGGGGGCUUGGAGAAGUCAGGGAGCAACUUUGCGGCGGCGAGGUGCAAGAUGUGUUUGUGAAGGGUUGCUUUGCAGAUUUGUCCAGAGAAGCGAAAGAAGGUCUGAAAGAAAUGGGUGUGCCUAGCUGGUCUUUUGGGCCUCCGCGCAGAGCAGAUGCCCGUCAAGCUCGGAGGGCAGAAAGGCCUGCGCCAGAGAGCGGGCCGAGGACAGGGCAUGACCAGAGCUCCGCCAAGCCAGCGGCAGAAAGCAUGCCGAGGUCGUCCUCCAUGUCCAAUCCAACCAGCGCGGGGGAGAAGGGCGAGCCCGACUUGCAGGUCGAAGUGGGAACUGCUGAGGAGGAGACAGAAAGUGGGACGUGGUCCGUUUUGUUCCAUGGGAGCCCUUCAACAGAUGCCGCAACCUACACGGGCAUGCGAAACGCAAUGGAGCGAUCGCUGGGCGAAGCCAGGGAUCCUGGCAUCUACACCUUCCAUGAAAAGAAGUUGGCAAGCGGGGCCAGACAUGUGCUAGGGAUCUGCAAGCCCACUGCAUGUGCAGACUGCACUAAGAAAGUGAAGGGCAGGUUGACCUUCACUGACAAAGGGCCAGUCCUGUGUGUGGAGCAGAAAGGUUCCCAUGGCAAGCUGCAGCCUCCGCAAGGAGGAGCUUUGUGGACAUGUGCAGAGGCAUUAGCUUUGUCAGACUUGGAAGGAAAGCGGCCGCUGGUGACCUCCAAAGACAUCCGGGACAAGUUCCAGGCGAGCGGUUUGACACUUCGCUGCAGCAAUCGCCAAUUGCACAACUUUGUGGGAAGAUUCAACCGCGGUGGCCCGCAGCAGUGCAGCAAGGGCAAGCUAACAGUGAGCCAGUUGCAAAACGCGGCGAUGCUGCACAUGACUGCGCACAUGGAUGCAUGGCAAUCCUGGAAGGCUUGCAGGCUGAUAGUGCUGCCGUCCUCGACCUUUGAUGAAGAGCGGGUUUGCGUGAUGUGGACAUGUCCAGGCAUGCUACGACGCGCGCAGGCUUUGAAGGAGAAGGUCGUGAAGCUGGCUGUGGAUGCGAAGCAGCGGGUAGUUUCCAAUGAGUAUGGCAUUGUCACGUUGUCUUUCUUGGUGAGCAGCGCCACACCAAGCAAAACCUGGGUAGGGGCCACCCACACCAAGUCAGUCAGUGCGCACACGGCCACGCAAGAACCAUUCUUGCAAGCCUUGGUCAACUCGGAAUCCGAAGCCAAUAUGACCCAGAUUUUCCUGGAAGCGUGCGCUUUGGCCGAGAAGGAGUGCGGCCUCGAUCUUCGGGAACAGGUGUGGCAGGUGCACAAAGACUAUGCCAAAGGCAUCGAAGCUUCCCGUCGAAAGGUCUUUCCUUAUUCCAGGCCUUGCGAUGACUACGCGCACAUGCGCCGAGCAUCCUACAAGGUGUUGGAAAAGCAUUUGCCACGCAAGGCGCCAAAGAAGAAGGGCAGGAGCAAGAAGGGCCUUGUAGCAGAAGAGGCUGCGACAGAGGCGGUGGCACACCCAGAGGCUGCGUUGAGCACACAGGACUGUGACGCAUUUGGCAAACUGGAACAAAUCAUCCAUAUCAGCCGAGAAGCCCCAACGAUCCAACUGUUCGAUGCUAUUUGGCAGCUGGCUUUCUCAUGGCUUCAAACGAAGAGUCCAAAAGCCGCAGAAUAUCUCCGCACCACGUACUUUCAAAAAGUUUCAGUGGACAGCUUGCAGAAAGGCUUGAGCUGCACAUCCACAUUGUGGGGAGCGGACGGCCUUUGGUUCGGUGGCUUCUGGGGCGGAAUCUUGGGGACCUAUCCCGGCACUAGCUCUGGCACGCAGCCAUUGGAAUCGUUUCAUUCCUAUUGGCAAGACACUGUCAAAGGUCAAUUGAGGCAAUCGCCUGCAGAAGUUUUCGGCGCCAAGGAGAAAUUGUUCGAAAAUGAUUGGGCCACGAAGUUUGCGUGGGGUGAAGAGAAAGUAGUGGUCACCUGGCCCGCUUGUUCAGCAGAAGCGCUGUUCAACAGUCAAAGCUUGCGGUCAGCAGGCCGAUCACCAGCGGUGGAUUUUUGGCUGAAUCGCGAGCCCCGCCUGUGCCAAAAUCGCAACUACCGCCAAGUCCACAUCCGCACUGGGGAACCUAGCAGCACAAGCAAGGACGGGAUCACUACUUUUUGGGUCCUGCAGACCAAAGCCCGGGAGAAACUCACAGCGGCUGAAGCCAUAGUGACCAAAGAGGUAGCAGAGAUGGUUGGCAACCUCAUAGCUUCAGAAGGGCCACAGCUGGCCACAUGGCUUGCCAAAUCAGGAAUUGUAACAAAUGACCAGCUGGAUGUGGCGCAGCUGCACAAGUACCUGCAAGGCUACUGCGCAGUGUUGGAAGGCCACCUCGUCCAUGCUUCUUGGCCCCGCGUGCACAGGAAACUGAAAAAAGCGGUGCCAGGAAGGCUGUGCACGUGCAGAGAGUUCAUUCUGCAUGCAGAUUGUGAGCAUGUGUUGUACAUCAAAGCCUUGCAUGGUGAUCCAACGGCUAAUUUGCAGAACAUCCCAGUCCAACGGCCUCGUGGGCGCAAACGCAAGCGCUAG